AUGGCGCACGCAGUCACCAAGUCGGCCCCGAUGGGCUACCUCUUCGCAGCGUGGAUCGCGCUUCUCCUCGUCCCGGCCACGGCCGCGGCUUUCGAGCUGCCCAAGUUCCUGACCGGAGGACUCGGCUCUCCCAACGCCAACCGCCCGGUGGGCGCGACGGCCUACCAGGCGCAGCAGCCCUACGACGGCUUCGAGAUCCCCAUCACCUCGCGCCUCGUCUUCAGGCCGGCGCUCUUCACGACCGAGGGCGGCGUGCUCGGCGUCUGCAUCCUCUUUCUGCUGAUCCACUACGCCGGCAAGGCUCGCAACCGCCAGAUGGCCGAGCGAUGGGCCAAGAAGGCCAUGCCCUUGCUCUCCAACGAGUUUGCCAGCGUCGCGGACGACACAAAGGGCCGCGGGCUGGUCAUCUGGAACGGAGGAUCCGAUGCCCUCAUCUUUGCCUCGGGCCGACGCGGAUGCCAAAGCCUUAGCGCCGUCUUUACGCUCAAGCCGCGACACGACCCUCUCGAGCGCUUCACCAGCUUUGUCUUCGACGUCGCCACCGCCAGCCUCGUCCCCUCGCACCGCGACCUCCUCACCCUCACCUUCGCCCUGCCGACGACCGCCGACAACGUCUACGGCAUCUUCGCCCUUGUCGACAAGACUGCCCUCCAGGCCACGCGCUCCGGCCGCUUCGACCUCUCGUUCACCAAGAUCAACGACGGCGACCAGGCCGUCACCUCGCGCGGGAUCCCCAACCGCUUCGCCAUUCUCACCGAGUCAAGCGACCUCACCGACCAGUACCUCGGCGAGCCCGACGCGCGUGGUCAGGCUCAGAGGCAGAAGAUCGGCGUGGCCGACGCCCUAAAGACGUCGGCAGCCGACCUGCUCGAGAGCUUGGUGAUCAGCGACCAGCCCGCCGAGCGGCCCACUGGCCCCGUGGCCGUCCAGCAGCGGGAGCCGAGGCUGGUGUUGACGCUGUGCAUGCCCAAGUCCGACGCCCAGUGCGAGGCGUCGCUGGCGCUGCUGCACGUCGCCGUCAACAUCGUCGACGGCCUCGAUAAGGGAAUCAUCAAGCCCCGCACCGAGGCCAUGGCCAAGUUCCGCAAGACGCGCGCCGAGGUGGACAAGGAGCUGCUCGAGGAGUCGACCAAGGAGCAGCGCGAGGCCGAAAGGGAGGCAAAGGAGGAGGCCAAGAGGAAGGCCGAGAAGGAGAAGUUCGACCGCAUGACGCCCGCCGAGCAGGCGAGGCGCAAGGAGCUCGAGAAGAAGCGCGCGCAGAAGAAGAGCGCCAUGAAGAUGCAGGGCCGACAGCAAUGA